AUGUCUUUUUCAUGGCUGACUUGUUCACUUCUUCUGGGAACUUUAUGCGCAGGGUACAGCCUGGGCGAAGCAGAGACCCGGGAGUGUGUGUACUACAAUGAUAACUGGCGUACGGAGAGGACCAACCAGAGCGGCUUCGAGCGCUGCGAGGGGGAGAAGGACAAGCGACUGCACUGUUAUGCCUCCUGGCUCAACUCCUCAGGGACCAUCAAGUUGGUGAAGAAAGGCUGCUGGCUGGACGACUUCAACUGCUACGACAGGCAAGAGUGUGUCUCCAUGGAGGAAAACCCUCAGGUCUUCUUCUGCUGCUGUGAGGGCAACUAUUGCAAUGAACGAUUCACCCACCUUCCUGACAUGAUUGGCAGCGGCAACCGAGUGAAAAUCCGACCUCCACCUCGAGUGCCAUCCCUGCUCAACGUGCUGGUGUACUCCCUGCUGCCUCUCUGCGUGCUGUCCGUGGCCCUGGUCUUGGCCUUGUGGAUGUACCGUCACCGGAAACCUCCCUACGGCCACGUAGACCUGAGCGAGGAUCCUGGCCCGGCUCCUCCUUCCCCCUUGGUUGGUCUAAAACCACUGCAGCUGCUGGAAAUCAAAGCUAGGGGGCGCUUUGGUUGUGUUUGGAAGGCCCAGCUGAUGAGUGAAUAUGUUGCUGUGAAGAUUUUCCCCGUUCAGGACAAGCAGUCAUGGCAAAAUGAGCGGGACAUAUUCAUGACUCCAGGGAUGCGGCAUGAGAAUAUCUUGCGGUACAUUGCUGCCGAGAAGCACGGAACUAACCUUGAGUCGGAGCUGUGGCUCAUCACAGAGUUUCAUGAGAGGGGCUCGCUAACGGACCACCUGAAGGGUAACACUGUGACCUGGAGUGAGCUGUGUCACAUAGCAGAGACUAUGUCCCGGGGCUUGGCCUACCUCCAUGAGGACAUUCCCAGCUACAAGGGAGAAGGGCCCAAACCCACCAUCGCACACAGAGAUUUCAAGAGUAAGAAUGUGAUGCUCCGAGAUGAUCUGACUGCAAUCAUUGGAGACUUUGGGCUCGCUGUGCGGUUCGAACCAGGAAAACCUCCAGGCGAUACUCACGGACAGGUGGGUACGAGGCGGUACAUGGCUCCAGAGGUGUUGGAGGGAGCCAUUAACUUCCAGCGAGACUCCUUCCUGAGGAUCGACAUGUACGCCAUGGGCCUGGUGCUGUGGGAGCUGGUGUCCCGCUGCACGGAGACAGACGGUACAGUUGGAGAGUACAUGCUGCCGUUUGAGGAUGAAAUAGGCCAGCAUCCCUCCCUGGAGGACCUGCAGGAUGUGGUUGUGCACAAGAAGAUGCGUCCAGUCAUCAAGGACUGCUGGCUCAAACAUCCUGGUCUGAGCCAGAUGACCGAGACCAUCGAGGAAUGCUGGGACCACGAUGCAGAGGCCCGCCUCUCCGCCGGCUGCGUCGAGGAACGCAUCGGCCAGAUUUCCAGGACGAUCAGCAGUACUACCUCAGACAGCCCCGUCUCCAUUGUGACAUCUCUCACCAACGAGGACCUACCUCCCAAAGAGUCCAGUACCUGAACGGGUGGCACCAUCCUUCACCCCCAAGCUCCUGACUUUUUGUGUUUUUUUUUUUUCAAAAUCCAAACUCAGCGGAUCUCCGUGAAUAUUUGAAAAAAAACAAACAAACAACUAGCAACAUGAAUGCAGCUGCUAUUUUACCCCAAUACUGGUAUUAUUUUCUGUUUUUAAUGUUUCCGGUGUUUAAAGUUGGAUCUUACUAACACAUCCAUCUGCUGUAGUUUUGAAUAGUAAUAAGCUAUGCGAUGGGCACAUCUGAUUACACCCAUGUGUCAAAUCUUAAAUGUCGUCAUUACCUCAUGUAUUUCUUUUGUGUUAGUCCAUUUUUAUUACCUCAUAUGUUGUUUUAUCUUCGUCAUUUUCCUGUCUGGUCAUGAUCGUCUGCGGCCAAAUGAAAUGAACCUUGCUCCAAACCUCGGACGAUGUGCUGCACACCUCGGAGGAACCGCUUUGAGACUGUUAGACAAAUAUAUUCAUCUUCCUCAGGGGUCGAAGCUUCUCAAUUUUUUUUUUUUAACUUGAGCGUGCUCCCUUAUUUUAAACCUGUGAAUGCCUCAGAAUGGAAAAUGAACAAAAACGGAAGCAAAUCGGAGCACAGCUGUUUUAAUUGUAAGGGAGGGAGCAUCGGACACGUGGACUUUUUUGAAGAUUUCGGGACAAGCGGCUUGUCCUCGAGGAACUACCUCUCAGGUAUUCAGUAGGCUUCUUCGGAACAUUUUUCUCUAAUUUGAGAGCCAAGCUAUCUAGCUAGCUAUCAUCGACACAUAUUCCUGGAUUUUUAUUUUUAAUUGUAGAAUUUCAGAGUUACUCCUUUGCCAGUGCCAGGGGCAUUGAUGAAUGCUGUCUGGAGUUGCAAUGUUACACAUUCUUGAUUUUAACAGUGUGUGUGCGCGUGUGCAUGUAAGAGUGCGACAGUGUAUGGGGGCAAUUUAGGUUGCAGAGGAUCUGAGACUAAACUCUGAAUUUAAAUUUACAAGAAUAAUAGAAAGAAAAUAAAAGUCUAAAAUCAUGACAAACUCACAUUUGUACAAGGGGAAUAAGUUUCUCUGCCACAAGUUUGCAAGAAAAAAAACUUACCCACAAAGGCUUUGUCACUUUUUGUUACAAACUCAUGUCUUUAAUCAUAGUUUGGUUUUUUGCUUUCACUAACACUACUUCGCUACGUUUAAUGACAGAUUAUGCAUAAAACCCAGUAAGUCUGGUCGCUUAUCGUCCUCUUUCUCACAAAUUGAAGGUUUUGAGAGUUUCCAUGUUUUGUCUCCUAAAGGCACAAACUCUAAAUUUGUUCCUUUAUUUCGGCUUUUGUUCAGGCGUCAAAACUAGUUGAUUAAAUUAAGAAAAGAUUACGUGCACAACCCAUUCACCGAGUGAAUUCUUGUUCAAAUCUGAGCUUUUAUUUAGUAAAUUUGUGACCUCAGUUGCAAAUAAUAAAAUAUUAUUAUUGUUAUUUUUAAUCAUUUUAGUACAUUGUUUACUUCAGUCUUAGUCCGGUCAUAUGUAGGUUCCAGAACUAGCUGGUUAUGUUCAAGGAAAGAUCACUUGUACAACACAUUCAAUUAGUAAUUGUUCUCUUUUGGCUUUUUUUCUUUUCUGACUUAAACUAUUCCAUUUUUUCCUCCUAAAUUAGAAAUGUUAAUCAUACUUUGCUUAUGUUUAGUAUCAAAACUAGAUGGUAACGUUUAGGAAAAAAAUCAUGACCUGUUCAGAUACGGAAUUCUUUUACUCUCUUACAGACUUUUCUUACAAAUUUACCACUUUAGUCUGAAGAAUAUUAAAGUACUUUUGUAAUUUGGGCUUUAAUCGCAGUUUAUUGUUAAUUGUUAACCACUAAUUCUAAUUCUGCAAAUUUAUGACCAUUUUUGUCUCGCUCGCAAAAUUUUUGACUCAAGUCUCUGGGAAAAUCUGAGGUUUUUCUUGUAAAUGUGCAACGUUAACCUGUUUUGCUUACGUUUAGGAAUCAAAGCUGGUUUAACAUUCAAGAAAAUACUUAUGCAACCUAUUCAGCCACUAACCAUGUGUUGUCUUGUGAGCUUCUUUUCUUGUAAAUUUGCAGAUUUCAGAGUUUCUUUUUUUUUUUUUUUUUUUUUUUUUUUUGUCCCCUGGCUCAUAGAAAUCGCCUAAACUGGUUCCCCUGCACCAUCGAACUGGAGUGUAUGUAUGUAUGUAUGUAUGAGAGUGAAUGGAAAUGAGAUGGAUAGAGCAUGUGGGCAGGUAAUUGGGGGUUUGUACUUGUGAGGGCCAUACUUGAGUAAGCAACAUGUCUGUGUGUUUUUUUUUUGUUUUUUUGCGUCUGUGUAUUUUUUUCUUUUCCCCUUCGCCGUCGUUGGUUGAAUAGACUCAGUCGGACACCGGUCCCCAGAUACCUCACUCACUGUAUGUCAUGCAAGGAGAGCUCAAAUGGUUGCCUUUGUCUCAAAUGCAAUGCCAUAGUUGUACCAUAACAUAAAUUUUACCAUACAUUGAAUGUCCGUUAUGCUGCUGUGACUAUUCCACGAUACUCAAGGAUAUGUAGAUGUACAUGUAUUCUUUGUUAAUAUAACUCUAACAUGUGAUAACUAUCCAUGAUAUUAUGUGAGGCUAAUAUUCUGUUUUUCUUUUCUUUUUGUUUUUUUUUUCUUCUUUUGACUGGGUAAGCCCUCAGUUGCUUACUCCUCCAGACUGACCUCAGAUAUUCUGACAAGUACCUCAGGCUUUUUCUACAUGUAUAUCAAGUUGUGUUAUGUAUUUUAUUGUGUUUUAGUAGUCGAGAUAUUUUAUUGCCGGUCGGGCCUCUUUGUCUGUGGAGAUUUUUCUUUUUAAAAAACAAAACAAAACAAACAAAAACAAAACAAAAAAAAAAAAGCAAGAGCCUGACCAGUUGGUGUUAUAAAAUGCUGUACAAACCUAAAAGAAGAGAGGCAGAUUCUUGUAAAUAGACCUGGACACACAGUGCUGAACACAGAUCUGGUUUUAUACGAACACAUAAUCAGGGCAUUACUGUUGUCAUCUCACAGAAAGAAAGGGAUUUGUCAGUUCCACCCCUACAUAUUUAUGUAAUUUUGACAACUUUAGCCCAGUAGAUGUUUUUUUUUUUUUUUUAAUAUUGAUUUCCAUGAAUAAUGGUAUCAGUUGCUCUGGAUCAGAAGCUGUGUUAGGUAGCACUUGCAUUAGAAAGCUUAUUGUGUAUAUCAUCGAGAAAAAAAAAAAGAGAAAAAUUUUUUGGUGUGGGUGGCUUCUGUGACCGGCCCCUUUUGCCGGAAAUGCCAGUUUAAACAGUAUUACCUCAAUAUUAACCCGCUGAUGUGAUGUUCAGACCUGUAGUUUUAGCCACAUUGGAACAAGACACAGGCUCAUCUGUUGUGCUUUGAAUAGUGCUGUGGAAAGAUGGUGAUUUUUUAACAGUGGUCUGUAACGCUUGCUCGUGUGCAGUUUUGGUAAAAGAACGUUUAAACAAGAAGAAAAAAAAAAAAGACAUCCAUCAAAACGGAAUGAUUUUCUAGUGUUUGAAACCAUCAGUGUGUCUAACUACGACUGAUCGAUGAUGCAUCCCCAUUAGGAUUUGUGUAAAACAGUGGCACAUGCGUGGUCCAGGGGUCCAGCAAUAUUUAUUAUACAGCAAUAGUCAUUUGAAUAUCAUACUUCGAGUCAUUUAACUGAGCUGUGACUUCGCAGUUUUCUUCUGCAGAUCAAUAAAAAAAAAAAAAAAUUGCAUCUCCACACCCAGAUCAUGUUCCGAUGAGGCAUUUAUUUACUGGUGGCCCAGAAACGCCAUGGGUUCUGAAUAUUUUGUAUGCGAGCUGACUGAUAGUGACCCAGGUGCUUUCACGUAUUGUGCCAGAAAAAAAAAAGGAACAACAAAAAAAAAUUUAAAAAAACAACAGCGAUCAAGCCGUAAAAUCUGCCGUGAUCGGUUGUUUUUACCUCCAAAUGCUGUCUUACACCAAGCUCUUCUGAACAGAAAAACCAGUUACCUCAUGCAGUACCUCGUUAGUGACACUAACAUGGAGUCAGUCUCAUCUUCAAAAAAAAAAAGAAAAAAAACAAGAAAAAAAUCAAUUAUGUAUAUAUUUACUUGACAAAUGUAAAGGGUUUCUUCCUUUUCAUGUGUGAAUCCUGUGAAAGCAAAAUCCUUUUUAUUAUUUUUCUUUUGAUUUACAGUCAACAUAUUGUUCAUUUCUCAUUGUGCGAGUGGAUGGAUGUUUGACUGAACUGUGUGACCUUCCCUGUGGAUGUGAACUGUGUGUGUGUAUGUGAGUGUGUGUGUGUGUGAGCGAAAUGUGUCGGUUUCACUAAAAAAAAAUGGUGUGAAUGAAAACUUUAUCUGUGCGCGGAAAUGCUUAGAAAUAUAAACUAGAAGAGAAUACAUCCAUCUUUUUGUAUAUUAAAAUAAAGACAAACACUGAUUAACCAUA